AGUGCUCGUCUGUUCUCACUAACACCAUAACAGAUUUAACAGAGUAAGAGAAGCGACGGAGGGAGAGAACAGAGCAGGGAAAUAUGAAAUAAGGAGCAAUCAGAUCGAUUGAUCGAUCUUUCGUUCGUCUGCUACGACUAUAGGAAUAGAGUUCAUCUGAAAUCAGAUCCAAAGAGGGAACGAAAAUGGUGAAUUUCAUGUUGACGAUUACUGCUAAGCUCGUAAACCUCACCAAUCUUCAGCCACAAGGUGGCAUCGAUGAUCCGAACUUCAGUUACUACUUCAAGAUGAAAUGCAAUCACUGUGGAGAGAUUAGUAAGAAGGCAACGUGUGUGAACUUGGAUGAAAUUAUUCUUUUCCCCACUCGCAGGAGUUUCACUAAUCUGGUUCAGACGUGCAAGCUAUGUGAGAGGGUUGGAUCUGUAAAGUUGAUCCCUGGCUAUGGCCGGCCACUAAGCAUCGAAUGUGGUCAAUAUGAAAUAUACAAGCCGUUGAUGGUAUUUGAUUGCAAGGGCCUUGAGCCUGUGGAUUUUAUUUUUGGAAAUGGAUGGAGAGCUGAUUCAACAGAUGGAACUAAAUUCUACUGGAUUGACUUGACACGAGGGGAGUAUUCAGACUAUGAUAAGGAUGGACAGUUCCCAAUUAAGGUACUCAACCUCCGGGCUAAAUUUGAUGUGGUGAAUAUAGACAUUCUGGGAAGGAUUCGUUUUGUUGUUGAAUGUGAGGGUUGAGCUUUUCUUAUCAUGCAGAAACAUGGCGACUGCAUUUUAACAAAUUGAAAGUACAGUUCUAGUUAGGCAUACUAUGUCCAGUAAUGGCUCUUAGACAACCUUACAGUAGAUGAUGAAAUAUAUACUAUUCUUUUUGGAG